AUGUCGGACACAAUGCAGAGCAGGACGGCGGGGACGCACAAAUUGCCGACGGCCAAAUGGGGCGCCGCCUGCGCCGCCUGCGCUUCAGCAAAAGCAAAAUGCAUCCGAUCAGACAGCGCCCCCGGCGCCAAAUGCGACCGCUGCCAACGGCUGCUCAAGGACUGCGCGGAUCAGGUACAUCGCGUGCGCAAGAAGAGGCAAUCCAAGCCAUCUCGAACCGCGCAAAUCGAAGAAAGACUGAAUGGACUCGUCAAUCUCCUGCAAGCCAAUGGCGCAUCGCUCGACCUUCCGCCGUCACGCCGAGAGACGCCGUCGGCGAGCUCGACCGUCUCUCACCAGCCCGAGCAUGCAUCCUGGGCCAUUCCAGACGGCGAUGCUCCUCCUCCGCCAGACUCGGACGACGUCCUCCUCGACCUCUACCGUAAUGAGAUGCAGCCCGUCUAUCCCUUUGUCAUCGUCCCGCCCACGUGCUCGGCCGCCUCUCUGCACUCGAGUCGGCCGUUCCUCAUGUCCGCCAUCCGCAUGGUAGCCUCCUUCCGCAGCCUGAGGUCCAUGCGAGCCCAGAUGUGCCACCUGAUGUCCCAUAUCUCGGACCAUGUUCUCAUGCGCUCGGAGCGAUCACUGGACCUUGUGCAGGGCAUCAUUGUCAUGUUGGGUUGGUACCAGUAUCACUGUUUCAUGCACGCCCAGAUGAACAAUCUCAUCAUGUUGGCCAUGAGUCUCGUUGCGGAGCUGGGCCUCAACCGGCCUCCUGUCCUCCGCGAGCAGGCAAGUCUCAUGGAACCCAGGCCGGUAGAGCCUCCGGGACGCGUCAAUGAGGAGAGAAGGGCUCUGGCGGCCGUGUGGUUCGUGUCAUCGACCACGGCAACAACAUUUGGGAAAAUAGAGUCGAUGCGAUAUUCCCCCUAUCUCAGGGAGUGCGUCAAAGACCUCGAGGAGAGCAGAGAGUACGAAACAGACACGAUACUCGUGUUUCUCGUCAAGGUCCAGCAUCUCACGGAGCGAAUCCACGAGCAAAAUCUAAGGAGCGAAACGUCGGAAGAUAUUCGUGGAAUCCCCACGGCCCCCAAAUCAGCAUACAUCUUUGCGUUGCAGAAUGAGCUGGACAGGAUCCACGACAAUCUCCCACGAGAAAUCAAGAUGGACAGCACGAUGCAAAUAUACAUCAACACGGCAACCCUUCGGUUAUACGAACCGCCCUUGGCUGACAUGAAACUGAUUAACCAACUUUCGGAAUCUCUGACCGUGGGGACCGUCGGCGCCGGGACCGCUCUCGACAAGAUCUAUCGGACCAGCUCCGCUCUGAGAGCGUGGUUCGACAACUGGCUAUCCGUCCCGGUGUCGACAUACUAUCGCCAGCCGGCGGCAAUCGCAUCGCAGCUCGUAUACGGACUCACCAUGCUCGGCCGCUGGGCCAAGCUGGCGACGCCCAGGACCAUGUACCAGGGGGGCACGCCCAUGCCGGGGUGCGGCGGCGCGGGCGCAGGGACCUCGAAUAUGCCUGUAUACGCUGCUGAUCACCAGCCACCGCCAGAUGGUUCAGCCGUUCCCGAGACAGAGCCGGGGCUGCCUGCCGCGGUCGGCGCCUUGCAAUCCCAGCUCCAGACGCAGCCCGGGCUGACAGUCAACAUACCUGAAAUCCUGUCCGCCAUCUGCAGCCGGCUGGAACAGGUCAACUCGUCGUUCCAGACAACGUCAGCUGAGUCGGGCAAGAUGGACAACAACAUCUGGAGCUUCAGCGCGCUCAAGAUACGCAUCACGCGUGUGAAGCUCGAGCGGUGGGCAGAGCUGGUUUCGGCGGGGGCCGAGGCGUCCAACCGAGAGAACAGCUCGAGCGAUGUGGACGGCAGCAAUGCGGCAGGCCUCGGCCCAUGGCGAGGCCCGGAUCCCCGGCAGGUUGGGGAUGGUGGGAUGGGUGGCCUGGCGAAUGUCCAGGCGGGCAGUCUGGCCCAAGAUCAGACGCAGAUACAGAACUUCUUGGGCAGCACGCCAUGGACAAGCGACUUGCUCGACGGCAUAGACCCGACUGUGUGGUUUGAUGGCUACCUGGACUGGGGCGCGGUCAUUAUGAACUCGAUGGGAACGGUGGAGCAGUGA